CCAGGACCUACAGGCGUUACCUCAUCAGCCCGCGCGCUCGCCCGUUCUCUCUCUUUCAGCGGCGCUGCCUGUCAGGGUGGCCGCCAUUAGGAACUGUAUCUGAGCAUCGUUCACCUCUAGUCAACCAAGAUCGCACUGGAAAUCCCAAUUUAAAGUGGUUGCAUAAGCCACUGUGUUGGCCAGUGGAAGUGGGAGCCUUGCUGUAGACACCAUGCCUGCCCUCAGACCCCUGGUGAAACCUAAGAUCGUCAAGAAGAGAACCAAGAAGUUCAUCCGCCAUCAAUCAGAUCGCUAUGUCAAGAUCAAGCGCAACUGGCGUAAACCAAGAGGUAUCGAUAACAGAGCUCGCAGGAGGUUCAAGGGCCAAAUCUUGAUGCCCAACAUUGGUUAUGGUAGCAAUAGAAAGACGAAACACAUGCUGCCCACAGGAUUCAAAAAGUUUCUGGUCCACAAUGUCAAAGAACUUGAGGUGCUGCUGAUGAGUAACAAGUCUUAUUGUGCAGAGAUUGCUCACAACGUUUCCUCCAAGAACCGCAAGGUAAUCGUGGAACGAGCAGCUCAGCUUGCGAUCAAGAUCACCAAUCCAAAUGCCAGACUGCGCAGUGAGGAAAACGAAUAAAUGGUCGUCUCCUCUGUGUAACUGUAACUAAUAAAAUACAAAAAAGCCACAAUGUGA